AUGUUUGAUAUAAAUUUCUCGAUAGCUUAUUGGCUGUCCACUUAUUAUCACAUAAUUGGUGUAAUUUCUAUGAUAGUGGAUUUAUUUUCUAUUUACCUAAUAUUAUUCAAAAGUAACAAACUCGACAAUUUCCGCUACUUCCUGCUCAAUUUCCAGAUUACAUGUGUUUUUGCGGAUAUUUGCGUGGCGUUUUUGUUCCAGCCAGUUCCGUUGUAUCCCUUGUUGGCUGGGUAUAAUAUGGGGAUUGGGGUCCGGUAUGGAGCAAGUUUGCAUGUUGGAAUAGCAUGUAUAACCUUCCUACUUUGUUAUCAAAUAGGAAGUAUGAUUAUUUGCUUUGUCCAUAAACAUCAAACAAUUGCGGGGACAUUGAAAAAGUUCAAUAUUCCAAAAUAUUUAUUGAUUCUCAUGUUUGCCUAUUUCCCAGCCUACACCGUCAGUGUCGCAAGCAUUUAUUCCAGGCUCAGUGUUCCGGAAACUUUGAAAUUUGGAUUUGUAGCCACUACGUACCCCGACCUGUUACCCGAGUUCAAGUCUCUUCCCAACUUUUCCAUCUACGAUUUCUCCGUGCAUUUUAAAAUUUUCAUAAUCUACGCAAUCACCGGGGGAUCUAUUGGAUUUAUUGUUUUCAGCUUAGUCUUAUUAAAUAUUAUCCGUAUGCUCAGCCAGCUCAGACUGAAAAUCUCAAAGUCAAACUACCAAAAGCACCGGAACGCAAUUUGGAGCCUGUUGGCUCAAUUUGCAACGUCAUCGACAAUUUUUCUACCGCCAAUUGUAUGUAGUUUUGUCAUUUUGCUGGGGUUUAAUGGGUCUCAAGUAAUCGUAGAAACAUUUCUGGUACUUGCCUGUCUUCAUUCUUUGCUCAAUGUAUUGGUUCUCGUGGUCACCUGCCCGCCUUAUAGGAAAUUUGUGAUAAGUUUGGUUAAAAAGACCCCGAGGCAUCAUGGACUAUCUACAAAACUCCUGAAAAACUCCAUAGUUAUAAUUAAUGUCAAUAACUAA